AUGGAGUCGCUCCCUUCCCAGCAUUUCCUGUCCCUCGGGAGACCCGAUGCUGUCUCGGGGCCGCCACCUGGGAUGGUUGAUACGACCACCCUGGCCGCUCACGAUUUCGAUGUCGAUAAUCGAUCGGGAUUUAUGCCCCCGCAAGUUCCGGUCAGGCGUCUACCGUCGAGCUGGGAGCUUUGGGAAGUAGCCUUGGAUGAAGCGAUGGCAGGGGGUCUCCAGCUCGGCGACAAGCCUGAUCUGAGUGAGCGGGAAGUUACAAACGCAGAAGAGUGGCGGGCUCGCGUGCGAUCGUUGCCUGUCCUUCCCAUAACCGAGCUCAAGAACUCUGAAGUCAAUCUUCGUCGCGGCCACCUCGUAUUGGCGUGGAUAUUGCAUUAUUAUGUCCAAACGCAUUCCGCCACGGCAGACGUUCAUAUUCCCCCCUCGAUCACACUCCCCCUACUUCAGAUAUGUGCGCAGCUUCAGCUGCCACCCGUUCUCACCUACGCUGACAACACAUUCUACAACUGGGACUUGAAGGUCCAACAGGGUGAGAACGAGAUCCCCCGCCUUGAUAAUUUACGCUGCCCGAUUCUGUUUACUGGAACGGAGGACGAACAGGAAUUCUAUCUCGCAUCUGCCCGUAUUGAGCUUCGUGGCGUCGAAGCGCUGGAACUGAUGCGGGCUACCAUGGAUGAGGCAUUCGUAGGUGACGAUAUCGCGCUACGCCGUAUCACAUCGUUCCUCCUCCGCCUCGCCGUCGUCAUCAAGGACCUACGCGAGCUGUUGCUCGGUGUCCGCAAGGGCUGCAAUCCAGACGUGUUCUACAACCAAGUGCGCCCAUGGUUGAGGGGACUGAAUUCGAACAGCAGAAAGUGGAUCUUCGAAGGUUUGGAGGACGACCCAAGCUUGACGGAACCGUCAGAGCUAUCUGGUCCCAGCGCAGGCCAAAGCCCGCUCAUCCACGCGCUGGAUGUCUUCUUAGGGGUAGAUAGGUUCUCUCAUGCCGGCUCUAACUCAGGAGCGAGCCCUGGGGUCGCAGCACCAUCGUUCCUCGAUAGGAUGCAACUCUACAUGGCCCGCCACCACCGUGCAUUCCUCAACCAUCUGAAGUCAAAUCCCCGGCCUCUGAGGGACAUGGUGCUCUCCACGGACAAUGCACCUUUGCUGGAAGCGUAUAACAAUGCGGUAGUUGCACUGAAGGAGUUCCGGGACGCCCACAUGAUCAUCGUUACUAUGUAUAUCGUAGGCCCUUCAAGGCGUGCUCAACCAAUCUCCGCUACUCCGGCCGAGGGUGCUACAGCUGCGAGCGAAUACUCUGGGCCCGCUCCUCUCAAAGGGACUGGUGGCACAGAUGUCGUCGGUUUCUUGAAGGGCGUCAGGGACUCUACGGCAGAAGCGUUGAUCCAUUGA